UUUCGAUUUCCGAGCGUUUCUCCAAAACCCACCCCACCCCACCCCUCUCUCUCCAAUCUCGCUCCUCCCACUUUCUCUCUCUAAAAACCACCCCCCAAACUUCUCUCCUUCUUGCUUCCUUUAGACAUGUAUAGGGUUUCUUCUUCACUCUCCGUUCUUGUCGUGACUCCAUAGCUCUCUAAUGUUGCCAUACAAAAAUACAGUGAAGAAGCUCGUUUCUAUGAUCUCCACCUCUUCGUCGCUUGUUGUGUAUGUUCGAUGUAGAUAUAAAAUGCCUGUAUUUAUGUUCUUCGACGACGUUGCACGUGAAAUCUGAGGAUCAUGCUUUUUGUAUAUUCAUGUUUGUUUCUUUGACAGUCGAGGUGAGAAAUCUGAGGUUUUGAGGGAUUCUUUAGAGUAGUCAGAGCUGAAAACAGAGCUGUGGAGGCAGAUUUUGUUGUUUCUUGGAAGUUUGGAAGAGAAAUCCGAGUAUACUUUAGUUCAAAAAGCCGAGAUUUCAGGGCAAUAAGUGAAAAUUUGGACAUUUGGGGAUUAAAAAAUGGAGCUUAUCUAGUCAGUUAUUCAAAGCUUCAUCGACAAGUCGAGAGCGCUAUCGUAAGAUUCAGCUCUUCUUUUGUCAGUAUUAUAUCGGAUUACUUUUCGUUGAUCGAUUUGGCUGUUACUGAGAUUGGAGUUGGAGUGAGUGUGUCGUGAGCCUGAGAAUCUUCUGAUUCAAUCAACGUCGUCCGUUUGAUCUUCUGAUAUCACGAGGAAGCUUAAACCAGCUAUAAGGCCGCUCACAGUUUCUACAUCUCUGUGUUCCCUUCUCCUUUCUUGAUCAGUGUGUUUAGAAUUGCACAGAAGCUUCGAAUUCGAGUAAAAUGGCGAUGGCAGUGGCACAUCAGCACCGAGAGAGUAGCAGUGAUAGCAUCAACAGGCAUCUCGAUGCCGGAAAAUAUGUCCGGUACACUGGCGAGCAGGUGGAAGCCCUCGAAAGGGUUUAUGCCGAGUGUCCGAAGCCGAGCUCUUUGCGUCGGCAGCAAUUGAUCCGCGACUGUCCCAUUUUGUCUAACAUCGAACCCAAGCAGAUCAAAGUCUGGUUUCAGAAUCGCAGGUGUCGAGAGAAGCAACGAAAAGAGGCUUCUCGGCUGCAGACUGUGAACAGGAAACUGACGGCGAUGAACAAGCUGUUGAUGGAGGAGAAUGAUCGGUUGCAGAAACAGGUGUCACAGUUGGUAUGCGAGAAUGGUUUUAUGCGGCAACAACUGCACACUGCGUCGGCAGCUACUGAUGCAAGCUGUGAGUCUGUGGUAACCACUACUCAGCAUUCUAUGAGAGAUGCUAAUAACCCUGCUGGACUCCUCUCAAUUGCAGAGGAGACCUUGGCAGAGUUCCUUUCAAAGGCUACGGGAACUGCUGUCGAUUGGGUCCAGAUGCCUGGGAUGAAGCCUGGUCCGGAUUCGGUUGGGAUCUUUGCAAUUUCACAUAGAUGCAGUGGAGUGGCAGCUCGAGCCUGCGGUCUAGUAAGUUUAGAACCUACAAAGAUUGCUGAGAUCCUUAAAGAUCGUCCAUCUUGGUUCCGGGACUGUCGGAGCCUUGAAGUUUUCACAAUGUUUCCUGCUGGAAAUGGAGGAACAAUUGAACUUUUGUACACACAGAUAUAUGCUCCAACUACACUGGCUCCUGCACGGGAUUUCUGGACUCUGAGAUACACUACAAACUUAGAGAAUGGCAGCCUUGUGGUCUGUGAGAGAUCUUUGUCAGGUUCUGGUGCUGGUCCAAAUGCAGUUGCCGCUUCUCAGUUUGUGAGGGCUGAAAUGCUUCCAAGUGGCUAUUUGAUUCGACCAUGUGAAGGUGGAGGGUCAAUUAUUCAUAUAGUUGAUCACCUGAAUCUCGAGGCUUGGAGUGUGCCAGAGGUGCUGCGGCCACUUUAUGAAUCAUCAAAAGUUGUUGCACAAAAAAUGACAAUUGCGGCAUUGCGUUAUAUCAGGCAAAUAGCUCAGGAGGCAAGUGGGGAGGUAGUAUAUGGCCUGGGCAGACAGCCAGCUGUUCUGCGAACUUUUAGCCAAAGAUUGAGCAGAGGUUUCAAUGAUGCUGUCAAUGGAUUCAACGAUGGUGGCUGGUCAAUAGUGAAUUGUGAUGGUGCUGAAGAUGUUAUGGUUGCAGUUAAUUCAACCAAAAAUUUGGAUGCCACUUCUAGUCAUUCUAAUUCCCUUUCGUUACUUGGCGGCAUCCUAUGUGCGAAGGCAUCAAUGCUACUCGAAAAUGUUCCUCCUGCAGUGCUGGUUCGCUUUCUGAGGGAGCAUCGCUCUGAGUGGGCUGACUUCAAUGUUGAUGCUUAUUCUGCUGCGGCACUGAAAGCUAGCUCAUUUGCAUAUCCGGGGAUGAGGCCUACGAGGUUUACUGGGAGCCAAAUUAUCAUGCCGCUUGGUCACACGAUUGAACAGGAACAGACGCUUGAGGUAAUCCGCCUCGAAGGCCACUCUUUUGCACAAGAAGAUGCUUUUAUGUCCAGGGAUAUUCAUCUGCUUCAGAUAUGUAGCGGUAUUGAUGAGAAUGUUGUGGGUGCCUGCGCUGAACUUGUUUUUGCUCCGAUUGAUGAAAUGUUUCCAGAUGAUGCCCCACUGCUACCCUCUGGUUUUCGCAUUAUACCUUUGGAUUCAAAAUCAUCUGAUAUGCAGGAUACUUUAACUGCAAAUCGGACCCUGGAUCUGACAUCCAGUCUUGAAGUGGGCCCAGCAACAAACCAAGUUUCUGGUGAUACAUCCUCAUGUUACAACGCACGAUCAGUGUUGACUAUUGCUUUUCAGUUCCCAUUUGAGAACAAUCUGCAGGAUAAUAUCGCUGCAAUGGCUCGCCAAUAUGUACGUAGUGUGAUUUCCUCUGUGCAAAGGGUUGCGAUGGCCAUAUCUCCAUCAGGAUUGAGCCCCACUGUGGGACCAAAGCUAUCUCCAGGUUCACCAGAAGCUUUAACUCUAGCUCACUGGAUCUGCCAGAGCUAUAGUUUCCAUUUAGGGACAGAAUUGCUGAGAUCCGAUUCUGUGGGUGGUGAGUCACUGUUGAAACACCUCUGGCAUCAUCCCGAUGCAAUAUUGUGCUGUUCAUUGAAGUCGCUACCAGUCUUCAUAUUUGCAAACCAGGCAGGGCUUGACAUGCUGGAAACAACUCUGGUGGCUUUACAAGAUAUCACACUGGAUAAGAUAUUUGAUGAGUCUGGGCGAAAGGCUUUGUACUCAGACUUUGCCAAGAUAAUGCAGCAGGGGUUUGCUUGCUUGCCGGCCGGGAUAUGCAUGUCGACAAUGGGGCGCCAUGUUUCGUAUGAUCAAGCCAUCGCAUGGAAAGUCCUUGCAGCUGAAGAGAAUACUGUCCAUUGUCUCGCAUUCUCUUUUGUAAACUGGUCAUUUGUGUGAGUCUUUAUAUUAUUUGUUCAUCCAGCAUCCUCUUUCCUCCAAUGGUGUAGGGUAAUUGGAGGGGUGAAAGUUAGAAAAGUUGCAAAUGGAGGAGGGCCCCAAAAAAGAAAAAAAAAAAAAAAAAAAUCCCAGCUUGAGGUUUGCAUUACAUUAAUUUAAUUAAUUAAAUGCUCCCAUGUUUUGGUUGGUUAGUGUGAA